CUAGAUUAGUGAUAGACCGAUCAACCUUCUGCCUCUGCAAUUGCCUGGAUUGGACAGUGGACACUAACCCUCUCAAGCUUUCUAGUAGGCAGUAGAUUAGUAAUCCCAAUUCCAGUGGGCAAUCAAAUUCUCAGCCAGUUCAUAGCUGGGUAGGCGGUCGCUGUUGUAGAAGAGUUGACGUCGUGACGAUGGACUCCCGGGGGCUAUGGGCGAACAGAUGGAGCGGAGCUCCUGGGCGGCGUGCUGCUGCCAUUCCCCCCUCCAAGAGGACGUCAUCGUUCACAUCCGGCGAUGGCGGCGGGAAGAAACGGCCACGCGGCGUGAGUCUCGGCUUGACCCUGUUUACAGGGACGUCCCCUCCGGAGUCGCAAUGGGAUAUGCACCGAGGAGAGGAGGGGCCCAGGGAGGAGGUAUCGAGCAGCUGGAGGCAGGCUACCAGCGGCAUGGAGUUUUCCAUCUGCCAAGGAAGGGAGGCAAUUCGCCACCGAUCCCAGGGCGGACUUGAACUCUCGCCGACGAGCAUGGAGCGAGUGCUGCCUUUCGCUCCCACUGAUUACCCGACGAAUGCAGCCACUGGGCAGCGACUACCUCCAGCUGCAAGAGCCGAGCAUAUCUGGAUUUCGUCGUCCAACGCUGGUGGUGCCGUUGCUGGUGUUCCUCCGAAUGCAUUGGCUGGUACGGCCUUGGCUGUUGGUGGUGUUGCCGCUGGUUGUCUAGGGGAGGGUGUUGAUGUCCCUCCCUCUCCUAUCCUUCCUACCUUCUCUACAGAUAUUCUUGGGCGUGGCUUCCCGCUAACUGGGCAUCGGCAGCGGACUCCAGUCCCUGACGAUGCCCCCAUUUCUUCACUCCCUGCCUUCUCUGCCGAUCAUCUCCAGAGGGACUUCUCUCUUUCGUCUCAGCUUGCCCACCCAUCUCCCUCUGCGAUUACCCCCGCUUUCUCAGUUUGUUCCGCUUUUCCUACGCGUUCCUCCGACUGUCGAAGGAACAUUCGCCGAGGCUCAGCCUUUCACCGCCAAAGCCAACAGCCUCGACCAAUCAUGCCCUCGGACAUGCAGCCGCAGGGAAGUUGGGCGCCCGGGCAGUCGGACUUGCAUUUCCGUCAGCCUUUGUCUCUGCUCUCGCCCUCCCACGAAGGCCACCGUGAGCUGAGCUUUGGCAGUCAGCUAUCUGGAGCAGCUAGUGCCUUCGGGUUCCUUCCCGCCGGUGAACGCCAAGAGCCGCAGCAUUUGCUGCAGCAACAGAGGAAUCCGGCGGCUGAUUUCCUGGAACCCAGGGAAGAUGUCGGCGAGAGCUUCCCCACGACCACCGAUCUGUCUCCCAAGGAUUGGAGUCGUCCUUGGCUGCAGACAGGCAAGCAAGAGUUUCGCGAGCCGCUGAUGACUGCUACUGACGAUCGGGCCGUAAGUCGGGAGCGGCCUUUCUUUUUGCCUCUGCCAUCGCCAAUGACGAUGAGGGCCAUGGACGAAGUCCUGGCAGGUGCUGGUCCGUUUGCCGGUCAAGCCGCCAGACCGUCACCCUCGAUGGUCCCGGUCCCGUCAACAUCGCUGUUGAAUCGGGACACGGAAGCACAUGAUUACAGGGCAUUUCCUAAUGCAGGCGGGCCGAGGAAGGUCUUCACGGGAAUACCCCAGGCCCAGAUAACGGACGAGCGCCGCUGGAGAGGGUGGGCAGGAAAGGAGAUAGCGCACCAGGGGUUAGGCGUUGGUCCUUCGCCGACGACCAGUUCGCCCUGUCCACUUCCUGCAGCCGCUGGACCGAGCAAUCUCUUCUCGGGCAUAUCCCAGCAUACGGACGAGCGCUGCCGCGGACGUCAGCGAGGAGGAGAUCAUGACAUGCGUCCCCACGUGGUGCGACCUGCGCUGUCAAUUCAGCACCCUGGCACGGGCACGCUAGUCAACCGCUGUCCUCCAACCCCUUGUCUUGUCUCAAAACCUUUUGCGCCUUCACCUUCUGCGCCUUCACCUUCUGCGCCUUCACCUUCUGCACCUUCACCUUCUGCGCCUUCACCUUCUGCUCUUUCACUCUCCCACGCGUCGAUGCAUCGGGAUCUUUCUAACCCUCCCACCUUUCUCACGGCCGAUCGUACGGGUGCCAAGGACACAUCUCUGCACCAUUCUGUUCUCCCAGCGAGUGGCACUGAUCGGUUGCCUCUGACCACCACUCACGCCUUUCCCGAGAAAUCCUGUCCUCCUCCUCCCUUUCGACAAGAUCAGGUUAUCCCACCCAGCCCGAAAAAUGUCUGCCGUUGGCAAUGGUGGCAGCCAGCACUCUCUCUCGACCAUCAGGGCGAAGCGCAGCGAUUUACCCACGCAUCGCCCCUGAUGACUAACCUUGUAGAUAGCCCCAAGGGGGGGAUGAUGAGAUUGGCGGCGGCAACGAGGGGAGAGAGCGAGGGUGGAGUCGACCAUCCUUCGCGGGCUGCUGACAACACCCGGGAGACUCAGGCGUCACUCCCGAGAGCCGAUGAAGGUGGCAGACCGGUUUCACAAGAGCGGCGCAGCCAUGGUCAAGCAGGUUCAGGGGAUGGGGAUCGUGGGAAACUGCUUUGGGUUUGGGAUGAGCAAGUUGGCGGCAGUCAAGCGGGGGCUGGCGAUGGAGACUUCGCCAAACCGGCUUCGCGAGAGCAAGGCAGAGGCAGUCAACUGGCAUGGACUCGGGAGGGGGAUUGUGUCAAGCCGGUCUCGGAAAGGCAGCGCAGUGGCAGUCAAGCGGGGGCUGGAGACCGGCAUGUCAACCGGGUGGAGGAAGAGAGCGGGGACAGGCGGAGCAAGUCGACGACGUCGGGUGGGGGGGCUACGGGCGGAGCGGGUCUGAAGGAGGAUAGCAGGGGGGAUGAGCAGGCGGAGGCGAAGCAGGAGCGGCAAGGGGAAGAGGAGGAGGCGGCGACGAAGCAGCGAGAAGGGCCAGGUCUGAUGGGGUCAAGGAGGGGCGAAUUUACUCCGCUGCUGCCGAUUGCGUCGAACGUGGAUCGCACGUUCGACUUCGAUCGAAUUGGGGGGGGUGGGCAAGAGGGAGAUGGCCGUAAGAUCGGCGUGACAUCAGCACCCGUCACCGGCGCCGAGCUCAGGAAGCCGAUUGACGCUUGCCCGCCCGUCGAUGUCCCAGUGAAGAUGGCCGCGAGUGGAGGAGACGCUUACGCCUCCGAGAGUGCUGGAAAUCCUGUGUCUUCUCAGAAGACUGGGGGCCAGAAGGAAAGCGAUCUUGAGCCUGACAAUGGAGAGCACAAGGAAAGGGGCCAGCACACGACGGAGUCCAGGAGCUGGCUGUGCUCAGAUGCCGAUGACUCUGGCAUGCAACGGGCAGCAGGCGGAUAUGAAGUUAGUGUUCAACCAGUUGGAUAGCAAUAGUAAACUAGCUUAGCACCC